AUGGUCAUCGUUACCAGAGGCGACUACAUAUGGAUCGAGCCGGUGUCGGGUCGGGAGUUCGACGUGGCGAUAGGGGCGCGGGUGCUCGCCGCGGAGGGCCGCAGGAUCAGGGUGCGGGACGACGACGGCCACGAGCAAUGGCUGCCGCCGGAGCGCCGCAUCAAGGCGAUGCACGCGACCUCGGUGCACGGCGUCGAGGACAUGAUCUCGCUCGGCGACCUCCACGAGGCGGGCAUCCUGAGGAACCUGCUCAUACGCUACAACGAGAACCUCAUAUAUACAUACACGGGUUCCAUAUUGGUUGCGGUGAAUCCAUACCAAAUACUACCGAUAUACACAGCAGACCAAAUAAAGCUAUACAAAGAGAGGAAGAUCGGCGAGCUGCCGCCGCACAUAUUCGCGAUCGGGGACAACGCGUACGCUCACAUGCGUCGCUACAGCCAGGACCAAUGCAUCGUCAUCAGCGGGGAGUCGGGCGCCGGCAAGACCGAGUCCACGAAGCUCAUACUUCAGUACUUGGCCGCGAUCAGCGGGAAACAUUCGUGGAUAGAGCAACAGAUCUUAGAAGCAAAUCCGAUAUUGGAAGCGUUUGGUAACGCUAAAACAGUAAGAAAUGACAAUUCUUCGAGAUUCGGAAAAUACAUCGAUAUUCACUUCAAUAGCAGCGGAGUCAUCGAAGGCGCUAAAAUAGAACAGUACUUGUUGGAGAAAUCUAGGAUUGUAUCGCAAAGUAUGGAAGAACGAAAUUAUCAUGUGUUUUAUUGUUUGUUAGCUGGACUUUCGAAAGAUGAGAAGAAAAAGCUGGAGUUAGGAGAACCUAAAGAAUAUAGAUAUUUAUCAGGAGGCGACAGUUAUACUUGUGAAGGGAGAGACGACGCCGCCGAGUUCGCUGACAUCCGGUCCGCUAUGAAAGUUCUGCUGUUUACGGAGCCUGAGAUUUGGGAAAUAUUAAAGCUACUAGCGGCAGUACUUCACUGCGGCAACAUUAAGUACGAGGCAACAGUCGUAGAUAAUUUGGACGCUACAGAAAUUAUAGAGCAAGCGAACGUGAAAAGAGUGGCAAAUCUGUUAGGUGUACCGACACAAUCACUUAUCGACGCGCUCACGAGGAAGACGCUCUUUGCGCACGGUGAGACCGUGGUGUCGACGCUUAGCAAAAACCAAUCUGUCGAUAUAAGGGACGCGUUCGUCAAGGGAAUCUAUGGCCGUCUCUUCGUCACCAUCGUGAAGAAGAUCAACGCCGCAAUUUACAAACCGAAAUGCACGACGCGAACGGCGAUCGGCGUACUCGACAUAUUCGGUUUCGAAAAUUUCGAUCACAACAGCUUCGAACAGUUCUGCAUCAACUUCGCCAACGAGAACCUGCAGCAGUUCUUCGUCCGACACAUAUUCAAAUUGGAACAAGAGGAAUAUAACCACGAGGGCAUAAACUGGCAGCACAUAGAGUUCGUCGACAAUCAAGAUGCUUUGGACCUGAUCGCAUUGAAACAGCUGAACAUCAUGGCGCUAAUUGAUGAGGAGUCCAAAUUUCCAAAAGGCACCGAUCAAACCAUGCUAGCGAAGUUGCAUAAAACCCACGGUCUUCACAGAAACUAUCUGAAACCUAAAUCGGACAUAAACACCAGUUUCGGUCUGAACCAUUUCGCCGGAAUCGUUUUCUAUGACACCCGUGGAUUCCUGGAGAAGAACCGUGACACGUUCAGCGCUGAUUUGCUUCAGCUGAUUCACAUAUCGACGAAUAAAUUCCUGAAGCAAAUCUUCCAGGAGGACAUUAUCAUGGGCUCGGAAACCCGUAAAAGGGCUCCAACGCUUUCCACUCAAUUCAAGAAGUCGCUGGACUUGCUGAUGCGAACGCUGGGCACGUGCCAGCCGUUCUUCAUUCGAUGCAUUAAACCGAACGAGUUCAAGAAACCGAUGAUGUUCGACCGUGGACUUUGCUGCAGACAAUUGAGGUAUUCGGGGAUGAUGGAAACCAUCCGGAUAAGGAGAGCGGGAUACCCUAUCAGACACAGUUUCAAGGAGUUCGUCGAGCGUUACAGGUUUUUAAUAUCCGGUGUGCCACCCGCACACAAGACCGACUGCCGGGCGGCGACGGCGAAGAUUUGCGCUACCGUUCUCGGCAAAUCCGAUUACCAAUUGGGCCAUACCAAAGUCUUUUUGAAGGACGCUCACGACCUUUUCCUGGAGCAAGAAAGGGAUAGAGUGCUUACCAGGAAGAUAUUGAUACUGCAGCGGUCGAUCCGCGGCUGGGUAUACAGGAGACGUUUCUUAAAGAUGAGAGCGGCGGCGAUACUGAUCCAACGCCAUUGGCGGGGCAAGUUGCAAAGGAUCCGUUACAACAAGAUGAGGGUGGGAUACGCCCGGCUACAGGCGCUGAUCCGCGCGAGGGUUUUGGCUCAUCGUUUCAGACAUUUGCGUGGACAUAUAGUCUCGCUACAGGCGGCGGCGCGUGGCUAUCUAGUGCGUCGCUCGUACGGCCACAAGAUGUGGGCGAUAGUGAAGAUCCAAAGCCACGUGCGGCGGCUCAUCGCGAUGCGGCGCUACAGGCGGCUGAAGCAAGAGACCAUCGCGCACAACGAAGCGCUGCGGCUGAGGAGGCAGGAGGAGCAACGACUGCAGCACCAGGGCAACACGCGCGCCAAAGAGAUCGCCGAGCAGAACUACAGGGAGCGCAUGUAUGAGUUGGAGAGGCGUGAGGCGGAAUUGGCAUUAGAGGAGAAACGCCAGAUGGAGGCGAAGAGAACACUGCUCCAAGAGGCGGCGCGUAAGCAAGACGAGCCGGUAGAUGACAGCAAGCUAGUGGAGGCCAUGUUCGACUUCCUCCCAGACUCCAGCAGCGAGGCGCCAGCUCCUAAAGACACGUCAGUGUUCAGCGAUUUGCCUCAACCGAGAGCUGAUCAACAGGAGAUGGUGACUCCAAUGCAAACCACGUCCGAAGACGAGGAGGACCUAUCAGAAUUCAAAUUCCAAAAAUUCGCCGCAACGUACUUUCAAGGGAAUGUCACUCAUCAAUAUUCGAGAAAGCCGUUGAAACAUCCACUGCUUCCUUUGCACACGCAAGGUGAUCAACUGGCCGCUCAAGCACUGUGGGUGACCAUAUUGCGGUUCACUGGGGACCUCCCCGAACCACGCUACCAAACUAUGGAGAGGGACAACACUUCAGUCAUGUCAAAGGUUACAGCCACCCUAGGCAGGAACUUCAUCCGCUCCAAAGAGUUUCAGGAGGCUCAAAUGAUGGGCGUAGAUCCUGAUGCAUAUUUGAAUAAACAGAAACCAAGAUCGAUAAGACACAAGCUGGUCUCGUUAACUUUGAAGAGGAAGAACAAACUUGGCGAAGAUGUUAGGAGAAAACUACAGGACGAGGAGUACACAGCGGACAGUUACCAAUCUUGGCUGGAAUCGCGGCCGACUUCGAAUUUGGAGAAGCUCCACUUCAUCAUCGGGCACGGCAUACUGCGCGCGGAGCUACGGGACGAAAUAUACUGCCAAAUAUGCAAACAGUUGACGAACAACCCCUCCAAGUCUUCCCAUGCACGUGGAUGGAUCCUGCUGUCUCUGUGCGUCGGUUGCUUUGCACCCAGCGAGAAGUUCGUCAAUUAUUUAAGAGCGUUUAUCAGAGAAGGACCACCAGGUUACGCACCGUAUUGUGAAGACCGCUUAAAGAGAACCUUUAAUAACGGAACUAGAAACCAACCACCUUCCUGGUUGGAGCUCCAAGCGACAAAGUCGAAGAAACCUAUAAUGCUACCAAUCACUUUCAUGGACGGCAACACGAAGACGUUACUAGCGGAUUCGGCUACCACAGCUAGGGAGCUAUGCAAUCAAUUGUCUGAUAAGAUCGGGCUACGAGAUCAAUUUGGUUUCUCGCUGUACAUUGCUCUUUUCGACAAAGUCAGUUCUUUAGGUAGCGGUGGAGAUCACGUGAUGGAUGCAAUAUCACAGUGCGAGCAAUAUGCCAAAGAGCAGGGGGCGCAAGAAAGGAACGCACCCUGGAGGUUAUUCUUCAGGAAAGAGAUUUUCGCACCGUGGCACGAUCCGACCGAGGAUCAAGUAGCUACAAACUUAAUUUAUCAACAAGUUGUGAGGGGUGUAAAAUUUGGCGAGUACAGAUGUGACAAAGAGGAAGACCUUGCUAUGAUAGCAGCUCAACAGUAUUAUAUUGAAUACGGCCAGGAUAUGAAUACGGAACGCUUGUUCACUUUACUGCCUAAUUACAUUCCCGAUUAUUGCUUAACUGGUGUCGAAAAAGCGGUGGACCGGUGGGGUGCCUUGGUCGUACAGGCGUACAAAAAGAGCUACUAUGUUAAAGAGAAAGUUCCGGCCUACAGAGUGAAGGAAGAUGUAGUGAGCUAUGCGAAAUUUAAGUGGCCGUUACUAUUCUCUAGAUUCUACGAAGCGUACAGGAAUUCGGGGCCCAACUUGCCGAAAAACGACGUGAUUAUUGCAGUGAACUGGACUGGAGUGUAUGUGGUCGACGAUCAAGAGCAGGUGCUGUUAGAACUAUCGUUCCCAGAGAUAACAACAGUAUCGAGUCAGAAGACAAAUAAGGUUUUCACACAAACAUUCAGUCUGUCCACGGUGCGCGGUGAAGAGUUCACGUUCCAAAGUCCAAACGCCGAAGAUAUUAGGGAUUUAGUCGUAUACUUCCUGGAGGGGCUGAAGAAGCGUUCGAAGUAUGUAAUAGCCUUGCAGGACUACAAAGCGCCUGGUGAAGGCUCAAGUUUUCUGACUUUCCAAAAAGGGGAUCUUAUUGUAUUGGAAGAGGACAGUACGGGCGAGUCUGUGCUAAACAAUGGCUGGUGCAUAGGCCGCUGUGAAAGGACAAUGGAGAGGGGCGAUUUUCCCGCAGAAACGGUGUACGUACUGCCGGCAUUAACCAAACCGCCGCCAGACAUCUUAGCAUUAUUUUGUCAAGAAGGGGCCCAGCACGGCCGUCGAGUGCCUACUAGCACAUUUAACGGAACUGAGACGAGGGAUAAGCCACACACGCUGUUGGAAUACGCGCUAGACCACUUCAGGCUACCACCAAAACGCACCGUGUCUAAAGCGCUCACGCUGUCAACAGCCAAGAGGGGUGGAUCUGAAGAAUUAUGGAGACAUUCUCGAGAGCCUAUAAAACUGCCUCUAUUGAAGAAACUUCAAGCUAAGGAAGAAUUGGCCGAAGAGGCGUGCUUCGCAUUCACAGCUAUACUCAAAUACAUGGGUGAUUUGCCGUCAAAACGUCCUCGUAUCGGCAACGAGUACACGGAUCACAUUUUCGACGGUCCCUUGAAACAUGAAAUUCUGCGAGACGAGAUCUACUGUCAGGUCAUGAAGCAGCUGACCGACAACCGGAACAGAAUGUCCGAGGAGAGGGGAUGGGAACUUAUGUGGCUGGCAACGGGCCUGUUUGCGUGCAGUCAGGGAUUAUUGAGAGAGUUGACGCUGUUCUUGCGGACCAGAAGGUAUCCGAUAGCGCAGGACUCGCUUCAAAGACUCCAGAAGACGUUACGCAAUGGCCAGAGGAAGUACCCCCCGCAUCAGGUGGAGGUGGAGGCGAUCCAGCACAAGACGACGCAGAUAUUCCACAAAGUGUACUUCCCGGACGACACGGACGAGGCGUUCGAGGUGGACUCGUCCACGAGGGCGAAAGACUUUUGUCAGAAUAUAGCACAGAGGCUGAAUCUCAGAUCUAGCGAGGGCUUUAGUUUGUUCGUUAAGAUAGCUGAUAAGGUGAUAUCGGUGCCAGAGGGUGACUUUUUCUUUGACUUCGUGCGGCAUUUAACCGACUGGAUUAAGAAAGCGCGGCCCACGCGCGACGGCAUCACACCGCAGUUUACAUACCAGGUGUUCUUCAUGAAGAAGCUGUGGACGAACACGGUGCCGGGCAAGGACCGGGCGGCGGACGUGAUCUUCCACUUCCACCAGGAGCUGCCCAAGCUGCUGCGCGGCUACCACCGCUGCGGGCGCGAGGAGGCGGCCCGACUCGCCGCGCUCGCCUACCGCGCCCGCUUCGGCGACAACAAGCAGGAGCUGCAGGCCAUACCGCAAAUGAUUCGCGAAUUAGUUCCGGCCGAUUUGAUCAAACUGCAAAGCUCAGCUGACUGGAAGAGGGCUAUAGUGGCCUCUUACAACCAAGACGCUGGCAUGACCCCCGAGGACGCCAAGAUCACCUUCCUCAAGGUCAUCUACCGGUGGCCGACCUUCGGCUCCGCAUUCUUCGAGCACGGCGUUAGUCUCAUUCAUCCACAAUCGAAGGAAAUACUGGUCACGCACCCCUUCACCAGAAUCUCUAACUGGUCGUCCGGCAACACUUACUUCCACAUGACGAUCGGUAACCUCGUCAGGGGCUCGAAGCUGCUCUGCGAGACCUCACUGGGCUACAAGAUGGACGACCUUUUGACGUCCUACAUUUCCCUCAUGCUCGCCAAUAUGAACAAGCAGCGUUCUAUGCGUGUAAAG